CUCCCUCCCUCUCUCCUUCCCUCCCUCUGUCUCUCAACAGCCCACCCUUCUUUUUCCUAGUCGGCGCAGACGCCAAAUCCAAUACGGAGGAUCGGGGGUUCUGAUUGUUAGUCUUAUUGUCUGUUUGGUGGUUCUGUUUCCUGUGUGGUCCCUUGUCUCAGGAAAAUAUGCUGCACUUGACCGCUGGACGUAUCGGAAGCCUGCUGACCCGGCGGGGAGUCAUGGCACUGACCAGCAGCAAUGUCAGGAUGGCUAGCCAUGGCCAUGAGGUGCAGCAGGAGGACUUGUCUCUCCCCAUGUACUGGGACCGCAUUGACAUCCCGCUGCCUGAUAAAGCCUACAAGCACGAGCUCAGCGCUGCAGAGAAGAGCCUCAAGCAGAAAGAGCAGGGGCCCUGGACACAGCUGUCAAAAGAAGAGAAGCUUGCCCUAUACAGGCUCAUGUUCAAGAGCACAUAUGCUGAGAUGAAGGUCCCAAGCCACGAGUGGAAGACAGUGGUGGCAGGCAUGCUCAUCUUCAUCGGCAUUACCGGCCUCAUAGUCAUCUGGCAGAGCCACUAUGUCUACCCAGCCACACCUCACACCUUUGACCCAGAGUGGAAGGCCAAGCAGGUGCAGAGGAUGCUGGACAUGAGAAUCAACCCCAUCGAGGGAUUCGCCUCCCAGUGGGACUAUGAGAAGAAGCAGUGGAAGUAAACAUCCAAAGCUCCAAUAUCAGGGUGCGUUAUGCUUCAGGCAGGGCGGGACAUGACGCAUCACAGCUUUCCUGUAAAUACCUGCCAAUCUCUCCUGUCCGAGAGUCCUAACAGAUUUCGGUGUUUCCGUCAUCCACCUCAUUAUAAUUCCACACACAAUGUCAUGAGCAUGAACAGAGAAAACAAAGGUUUUAACUUUGGGGUUUUCCUUCAUUGCCAUUUUACCUGCUGUCCAGUGUCAGUGUGUCUGGAAUUAAGAAUAAGAACAUUUCAACAUGAUUUCUGCUCAUGUAUCCAGUCACAGUGGGCAUCAUAGUACACCAACACUCUCCAACAUCCAAAACAAUUUAGAAUUGUCUUCUCAACAACCCCUGUUUUGGCUUUUUAAAGUUUAAAUACUUUUACUAAAUACUUUAAAUACUGUUGAAUAAUGUUUAAGGUACACAUGGUACAUUCAGUGGAAAUACUGAAGGAAAAUAUGUCUGAAAUAUGGUUUCUCCACACACAACAACCACAAUGUUCCACCGCAUUGAAUGCCUGUACAAAUGUUCUUUCAAGGCGGCUAAAAUUAAACUUAACAGUGCAAAACA